ACUUACGUCAUGCGCCAACUCCAAAAAAAAUCGAAGUACAUUCCUAACCAGGCGUCCACUGUUCUAUUGUAAUAAACUCAUUUUUAUCGUACGCACACUGUUCGACUUUCUAGGGGAAUCUGUUUCUAAUGGACGCUACCACGAGGGAGGAUCGGAAUCCACGCUUCACGCAGCUAAGGCAACAUUAUUGUUAGCAAAACUUGCUAAGCUACGAGGCUAGCCUUUAGCACCCGAGAGCUAAGCUAUGCGUUAGCCUUAGCUUGCUAAAAGCACUGACAAACCGACAAAGGUAACCGAUGUGAUCCUGAGCAUGCGAGAGUGACUCUACAAUCUCUUUCGACUCUUCCUGUCAGGAUCACUUUACGAGGAACCACCGGCCCCAAAAACCAGUGGACAGGGUGAUCUGACAGGAUUUCUGUUAUGUUUUGCUGCACGUGAACCAUGUGAGGGUCUCUGAAUUGGAGUCUGGGGAAAAGACUGACCCUGUCUGUCCCUGAAGAGUGUUCUUCCCCACCCCGUUGCCCCCUUCAUCCCCCUCACACAUUCCUGAGCUCCUUACCUAAAAAAACGGAGGCACGCCAUGAUGUUCAGAGACCAGGUAGGUAUUCUCACGGACUGGUUCAAGGGCUGGAACGAGUGCGAACAGACAGUGGCGCUGUUGUCCCUCCUCAAGAGGGUGUCCCGCACACAGGCUCGCUUUUUACACAUAUGCCUUGAACACUGGUUGGCGGACUGCACAGAGAUUCAUAUCCUUGAAGCGGAGGCCAACAAUGCAGCCGUAGUUAACCAGUGGCACCAGGAGCCCAAGGAGAAAGUGGUGUCCUUGCUCUUGUCCCAUCUGCCUUUGUUGCAGCCACGCAACUGCGAGGCCAAAUGUGAGUACAUGAAGCUGCUGCAGAAGGUGUUGAGUCACACCAUUGAGAGUAGCUUGUUUGUGGAGGAGAGCAGACAGCUACUGUCCUACGCACUCAUCCAUCCCGCCACCACACUGGAGGACCGCACGUCCCUGGCAAUGUGGCUCAACCACUUAGAGGAGCAUCUAUCGGGCGGUUACGCGCCGUCCACACGGCCGCCCCCCAGCCCAUACCACCCGCGUCAGGGCUCGGACGAGUGGCCCAGCUCGGCCGAGGCCCUGGAGCCCGGCCACGCCUGGCACGACAAGUCUCCCUCGUCUAGCACGUCUCCUGCAGGCCACAAUGGGCAUCUGGCUUUUCCGGGCGGAUUGUCCUCUCCUGUCAACAGCAAUAACACAGGACUAGGUGGGCAGAUGCAGCCAAGCCCUCUAAAGAAAUCCAUCAUCCCCCCGAGCCCCCAGGCUUGUGGCUCCGAGUGGCUCAGCCAGGAUGACACGGGGGGCCGGCAGAACUUCCUUCCGACGGAUCACGCCCCCCUCUCCCCACAGAGUAGCGUGGCCUCCUCAGGCAGCGAGCAGACGGAAGAGCAGGGCUCGGCACGCAACACCUUCCAGGAGGAUGGCAGUGGCAUGAAAGAUGUUCCCGCGUGGUUGAAAAGUCUCCGGCUUCACAAAUAUGCAUCACUUUUUUCCCAAAUGACCUAUGAGGAGAUGAUGAUUCUCACGGAGCAUCAUCUGGAAUCACAGAAUGUCACCAAGGGAGCACGGCAUAAAAUUGCCUUGAGCAUUCAAAAACUGCGUGAGCGGCAAAGUGUGCUCAAAUCUUUGGAAAAGGACAUUUUGGAAGGAGGAAACUUGCGCAAUGCACUGCAGGAGCUGCAGCAAAUCAUCAUCACGCCCAUCAAGGCGUACAGCACGUUGUCGCAGACCCUGCAGGAGCCGGCCAGCGCUACUCCAGAACCGACUAAGUCAGCAACGGAUAAAGAAUCAGCCCCUGAGGGAUUCCAUUCCCACAGCACCCCAGCCUGUGAUGGAGACUCCUCGACGGCGCCUAUCUCGGAUGGCGACAUUGCCGGCCAGUUUACUCGAGUCAUGGGGAAGGUGUGCACGCAGUUGCUUGUGUCCAGGCCAGAUGAGGAGAAUAUCAGCUGCUACCUGCAGCUCAUUGAGAAGUGUCUAAUACACGAGGCCUUCACUGAAACCCACAAAAAGCGUCUGGUUUCAUGGAAGCAGCAGGUCCUCAAACUGCUCCGCCUGGUCCCUCGGAAAGCCAUGCUGGACAUGCCUGUGUACCGACAGAAAGGGUGGACCUACGGGUCCAACUCCCUCCCCACAGCAGGCUCUGUGAGCGGAGGCGUGGGCCGACGCGGCCAGAGGCAGUUCCAGAUAACACCACGUGGACUCCAGGCUGGUCGAAUGGGUUUGCUGAGUCCCGGCAGCAUCGGUAGCGCCUCUCCUCGCCACACGCUCACUAACCCUGCGCUGGCAGGCCAGGGCCGACAAAGCCUGUGGUUUGCCAACCCCGGGGGAAGUAACAGCAUGCCAAGUCAAAGUCGCAGCUCUGUGCAACGGACCCACUCACUUCCUGUCCACACCUCCCAGCAAACCAUGCUCAUGUUCCAACAGCAAGAUUGCCAAGUUCCAGGCGCAGACCUGGAGAUCAACCCGACGCUGGAGUCGCUGUGCCUCAGUAUGACGGAACACGCCUUAGGUGAUGGAACUGACCGGACAUCGACGAUAUGAAAGAAGAGGAGAGGAAAAACAGAAAAGUUCCUCAUCACCCAGCACAAAGAUUUUACGUACGCUCGAGUAAACCAGGCAAAGCAGUCACUACAUAAUGACAAAAAAACUGUGUAUAUGUUCGCUAAUAUUUUUGUACUUUAUUAUAUAUAACUAAGUUUAUUAUUAAGAAAAAUGGAAUACAGAUUAUUAUAUUGCAGGACAGGGAGGAAGGUUCACAACCGUGUCACUUGCAGGACUGUGACAUGGCGCAAUUGUGUAAGAGAGAAAAGGAUCGGUGCUGUCUUAAAAACGGUCCAGUAUCUGUCCUCCUUUUCCCUCUUCCUCACAGUUCGGCACUGCCUCGCGUGUAGAUCGGCCAGAUGUAAGGCACUUUUAUCCAUACGGCACUAGACUGUAAUUGGCUUAAAGAAGACACUUUUUAAGAAGCCUUUCGGCUUCUCAAAAAGGUUUAGUCUCCUUACGGUCUUCUCCAGGCGUGUUUUUAGAGAAUGAGCGCGGAACUCAACAGCAGGCGUCGCCUUUUUUUUUUUCUUUUUCCAAUGUUCCACCCUAAAGACUCCUCCUCUCCAUUAAAGCCAAAGAGAAGGGUUGAUCGGUCGAUGGCUCGUUCGGGAAGGAUUUACUUGUAACAGAAUGGUUUAACUUUAAAAAGCAGUUGGAGCAUGCUCAGCUGCUCUUUGCCUCCGUUAUCUUUUUUUUCGUUUGUUUGUUUUUUAAUUCCCACUGCGUCAAUGAUGAUGAAUUUUCGCGUUGUGUUGAGGAGCUAGGGUCGGCAAAGGGUUGUACUUUUGCACAAGAGCUGAUUUUGAAAUAUGGUUUCUCCCCAGUGCCCCCUUAGUCCAGGGGGUCCUCGCAUUUAUGACUCCAUUCAAUUCCUACGGUGCCAGCGUAACUCAAAUUUGUACAAAAAUCAAAAUGUGUCGUGGUCAUUCACGAACCUGUGCUAAAGCUGUACUGAAAUUAUAAUACCAAAUAUUUGUAUGAAAAAUACUAAUAGGCUAUAAAUACAAAACAAUACAAUGAAAAACAGCAAGUAAAGCGGUAACUAGGUGACAAAUUAUACUUGCACAACGGUAAGAAACAACUUUGUAACAUCAAAAUGAACUUGUGGACCGAGGACCCCCUGUAUUGUCGUAACAUUCAUAUAAAACUGUAUAUAAAUAAAUGAGAAAGACGGUGGAACCCUUUCUUCAAUCAAUUGAUAAAGAAUCUUGAAUAUACCUAACACUCUUGACAACUGGCCAAUAAAAAAAUGACCCGUGACCCACGCUGGGACCCCAAACUACACCCUAUAUAAUCACACGUGACGAUUUGAUGACUCAUGCAUUUUGCAAGGUGCUCCAAGAUGUCCAUAUUUUUUUGUUAGUGUCUGUGUUUCAGUCAACCCUCAACAUUAUCGCGUGGUAUCAGUGUUGAGUCGUUUAAAAAAAAAAAUAGUAAUAAUAAUAAACAAACAAAAGAAGCGAUCUUCUAACCCCGGCCUCUGUCUUGGAAUGUGGCAGAGCGGAGGUGCAUGUAUGUUUGAAUAUGGUCUCUCUUUUGGCCCACUUUGUUUGCUUGGUUGCUUUGUAAGGCAGGGAUGACCAUUCAAGGUUUUAUUUUGUGGCAGCACCCCUAGUCAAAAAAAAAAAAAAAAAAAAAAGCGAAGAGAAGUACGACAGUGGAACUCCCCAAAUUUGAAUCAAAAGUAAUUCUAAUUUCAUGUUUUCCCAGAGAAAAUCAUGUAAUGUGAAUGAAUUUGCUCAAUAGUUCUGUUUUCAGCAUCAUCCAAUAACUUUACAGGUGUUUUUAUUAUGAGAGACAUGUCAUUCUUUUUUGUUUUUGUUUUUUUUCGCAAAUGUAAACUGUUCCCAGGUGUUUUGAACACAUGCUUGAGAUCUUUCAAAAUACCCCAAGAAUCAAGAAUUCUAUUAGGCUUCACACAUCCUUUUGUUUUUUGGAAUUAGACCGAAUUGGCCCUUUCUCAUGCGCGUGAGCCAGCUUUGAUCUUGCCACACAUCAGGAGUAUGGAUUUGGUUUCCAUGACAAUUAGCAGCAGACUGAGGGGUUACUGGAUUGACAACCCAGAAUCGAAAACAGCAAGUGAGAAUUGCAAAGCACAGGCGACCCCCCACGAAUACAGCAUGGAUUCUAUUUUCCGUCAUGGAGGAAGCACCUCGGUGCCGCGUCUCCAAAUUUCACUUGUCAAUUUCCGUGCUGAACCGAGUAUGUGGCGCAUGCAGUUGGCCCAUCACCAAACACAAAUACACUGCCACCCCCCACCUUGUCAAGUAUGUCCCACUGAUCAGAAGCUAAUGCUAAUCUGUGCAUAAAGCCAGACUUCAAAUGAAUGGCACUUGCAUCAAGCUACCACCGGCGUGUUUAACCGUGUGAAAUUUCCAUGCACAUUAUCUGGGGCAGGCUCCAGCGCUCCAGUGUGACCCGUGUGAGGAUAAGCUGCUUGGAAAAUAGAAUGCGAUGGAAUUUUCAGAAGUAGGCAGCUAACAAAACAUUUACUUGGUAAUCAAUUUUCAUGCUUGGAGUUAGAAUUACACUCUUGGCAAUUGCAGCGUGGUUGCUAGGCGGUGGGCACACAGUCCAGAGACCCCACUACUUGUACAACUUGUGAAAGAGUCAGAUUCCUGUAAUAUUUUCUCUAGAUAAUGGGUUCUAGUUGCUAGCAACAUGUUUAGCCACACUGUUUUUGCCUUAAAGAAAUCCAAUCUAUUCAUUAUCUGAGCUGCUUAUCCUCACAGGGAUCAUGGGGGUGCUGGAGCCUUUCCUAGCUCCAUUUAAUUAUUUAAUGAAUUGUAUCACUCCUAUUUUAAACUAAGCAGCCCAACACGUUCCUAUCUCACAGAGAUAACGAAUAUGAUGACUAUUGAGCCUUAAAUGCUCAAGUUUUGUCAGAAGUUCAACUUUGGAAGUUCCACUGCGUAGUCAAACCUGUUUUUUUUUUUUUUAAACUUUCCCUCGAUAUGGAUAACUUAUGCUUACUUUGUAUAAUUGCAUGUUUUUUGCCACACUAAUACAGCACUGUUGUAGAUAAGAGGACAACGUGGUGAGCAGACAUUUUGCAACUAAAAGUGUGUGUGUGUAUGUGUGUUUAUAACGCCUGUUUACAUCUUUAUAAGAUAAAGCCCACGUCAUAUUAUGUGGAAUUUUUUUUUUUUUUUUUUUUUUGCAUCUGCGGAUCUUUUAACACGUUGGCUUCACGUUGUCGCGUUAUAUUGCAGUUAGGUUUUCUUCAGAGCAGGCUCUUGAAUACAUCUGACUUACUGAGAAGAAAAAAAACAAAACGAAAAAAAAACACAUCACGCUCGUGCCCAACAAGGACCUCAACAAAGACAGCUGACAUUUUUAGGACUUGUUACAUAUGGCUCAGAUUGUCCUUUCCAGAAUCAAGGUGCUGCAGUAGAGCACGGUACAGUCGAUGUCCAUCAUGAAGCUGCAGCAGGGCAUGGCGACGCUUUUCUGAGCCACAGUCGGUGAUGAGUAAUCUAUGAAACACUACACAACAAUACAAGGCCAAGGAGUACUCUUAUGUUUACAUUCCAGUAAUGCACUUCGAACUUGUGUGUUUUUGGCACUAGUACAAGGGUGGGGAACCGACCUGCCGUGGCAGUUGUUCGAGCUCGAAACGAUCAUAAAAAGCCCACAAUUGUGCAUAAUAGGCUACUCACAAAAAUGUAUCUAUAUUGGGCUCUUGUUUCAAAUUUCAGGAUGAACCUCUAAACUUUACAGGUACAGGUUCUCUUGCUACACUUUUGAAUGCACUUCUAACUUGUCAAUGGUUCGGCUUUUAACCAAACUCGCUAUUCUCUAUAAAAAAAAAAGAGCUGACUGGCAAAAUUCAAAACAGGUGCAAUAGAUUUCCCUUCAUGUCCACAUCUGCCUUUCUGUAACUCUUCCAGUCCGUCUGUCUCUGUUGCAACUUGGAGGUGACAUUCUUGACGCUUUAAAUUCAGUGGUCACGUUCCUCUGAGAACAUAAUUUUUGUUGGUUAAAUGUUUCUCGGUAUCUUGGUCUCAAGAUAUAAAAAUGUGAAAAGUCAUGUCGAAUUGAAACAGGAAAUGUAUGAGUCCAUGAAUCAAGCACCUGUUGUGAAAUUUGCUGUUCAGCUUUUUGGUGGAAGCAAGUUGUCCAAAAAGCACUAAAACAUGUAACAGCUGGACAUGUGCAGAUCAAAUUAAGUUAGUUCAUAGUGUAUUUUAUGUUCAUCUUGAAGUUUCAGCCAAAAGCUCAAUAUUCUUAACUUUUUGAAAGUAGUGUACAUGAUGAACAUUAGUUGGCAAAUAUUGUUCUAUGAGCUUUUUAAGGAUAUCAACUAAAAUGGUUCCUUCCCCAUUGCUGCACUAGCAGACGUAGACGCAUUGACAUCAUCCAUGACCCUGCCAAGCUUGAUUCGUGAAUUGAAUGCAAUUGGGCUGUUGUUUUUGUCUUAACACAAUUAUAUUUCAUUCUGACGACUUCCCAGACAUUUUAUGUUUUGUGAAAUCUGUGCAUCACGUGCUUUUUUUCUUUCCUUUUUUUUUUUUUUUUUUUUAACUGCAAGUCCCAUUUGUGAAUGGUCUGAAGUGCAGCAUCCGUCGGGUCAUUGACAGUCCUAAUAAAGAGGUUCAGUUCUUUUUGCAGCAGAAUC